AUGUGUGGCAAGGAAGUUGAGCAGGUUGUGCUUCCAGAUAAAAUAUAUGUCUCCGCUCACUCCUACAUAACUUUCAUGCUACAUAAUGUGGAAUGCCGCGCCUGGGUUGAGCAUGAUGGUAGUAGGAUACUACGUCUCUUUAUCCAGUCACCAUCACCUCUAUCCGAGCUAUGGUCAAGCAAUGGACGAACCGCUCAUCGAAUUACAAGCAUCUUUCGCUUCAUCUCGAGGAUCACUAGGGUGAAACUCUGCCCUACGUUCUUCGAGUCGACCCUAGUCGUGACCCUAGUUCUUAUAGGGUGGUAUGAUGAGAAACUUGGGCGAAUACCCCCAAUCGGUCCCCAGGAUCUUGAUCCUCUGCUUAGGAUUUGGCUUGCAGAAAAAGGGUUCCAGAGCGAAAUGGAUCUUCUACGCCUAACAGAAGCAGCUGGAGGCUCUCUCCGACGUGGGAUUCAUAUCAUGUGUUCAAACCACCCUAAUAGGGCGGCACGGAGACUCGGAACUCCUAGUCGGGGGGUUCGACGAUCUCAAACAAGGAAAGAAUACGACCACUGCCCCCCUGAGAUUUUUGGUCGGGUUCUCGCUCUUUUUGAAGAAAAGGCCCCCCAUUUAUUCCUUGUCAGCCGGAUUAGCUCAUAUCCUAGGAAGCAAGACCUUGAACCCAUAGGUGAAGCAAUGGAUGAAGCAAUGGAUGAAGCAAUGGAGGACUCAUUGAUUGGUAAAGCUAUGGGCCUGAGAAUUUCUCCUCCUGAAGCUCAGGAGACUCCUAUAUCAAUACCGAAUCUCAGCCAGCUGGGGGAGCCAGCUGGUGGUUUUUGGGUUAAAGCCGAGCUUUCUUGUGUUGGUGAGAGACAUCCCCAUGUAUGGGCCACAAAUGCAACCCUCGAAGACCCCGGUUCUCGUUUGGCGAUUCGUAUCCGCAUAAGAGACUCGGACGGCCGUGAGAUAGCUACCGAGUACCCCUCUUCUGAUACCUGGCAGGCUUGUUACAAAGCUAAUCGAAUUGUUGAUGAGCUAAAUGGGGACAGCUGCCUAGAAAUUUCCAAAAGGCCCCGGAGACACAUAUUUGUUGAUGCCCGCCAUAAAGGGUUGCUCAGAAGACACCCCGAGCUUGAAAUAUUUGUGGGAGGGGCAUUUACUGGUAAUAAUGGAGAGUUCAUUAGCACCAAACGACCUAAGCGACCUAGGGAGGGCAAGGAAACCCCUAAAGAGAGCGACAAGGAAGGUCACAAGAAGUUCAAGCAGGAAGAGACUGAGAGUGAUGCUUGA